UCGAAACUCGAAUGCUUCUGGCGGGAAAGUGUUUGUUACAGCCGGCUUUCUUCUUUCAUUCGCGAAGAAUCGAGUAUAACCUUCGGAAAAAUAUUCUUGGAUUUAUUUCAAAAUUAAUUCAUUUAGACAGUCAAAAGAUGGGAAUUCUAGGACUUGCAAAAUUAAUUGCUGAUAUUGCUCCAGAAGCUAUUAAAGAAUGCGAAUUAAAACAUCUUUUUGGUCGAAAAAUUGCCAUCGAUGCUUCUAUGUGUUUGUAUCAAUUUUUAAUAGCAGUGAGGGCAGAAGGUGCUCAAUUGACUUCUGUUGACGGCGAAACAACAAGUCAUUUGAUGGGUACAUUUUAUCGUACUAUAAGGUUGGUUGAAAAUGGCAUAAAACCUGUUUAUGUUUUUGAUGGUAAACCACCAACAUUAAAAGGUGGAGAAUUAGCAAAACGUGCAGAGAGGAGAGAGGAAGCACAAAAGCAAUUACAAGCUGCUGAAGAAGCAGGUAAUAUUGAAGAUAUUGAUAAAUUUAAUAGAAGAUUGGUAAAAGUAACAAAACAACAUGCAGAGGAAGCAAAACAAUUACUCACUCUUAUGGGGAUACCGUACAUUGAUGCUCCAUGUGAAGCUGAAGCUCAAUGUGCUGUAUUGGUAAAGUCAGGAAAAGUUUAUGCUACUGCUACAGAAGAUAUGGAUGCUCUAACUUUUGGGUGUAAUGUUUUAUUACGCCGAUUGACAUUUAGUGAAGCUCGGAAAAUGCCUAUUCAAGAGAUACACUAUGAUAAAGUAUUAAAUGGCUUAGGAUUAACUAGAGAUGAAUUUAUAGAUUUAUGUAUAAUGUUGGGUUGUGAUUAUACUUCAAGUAUAAAAGGAGUUGGCCCUAAAAGAGCCAUAGAGUUAAUAAAAAAUUAUAAAUCUCUUGAAAAAAUUUUGGAAAAUCUGGAUAAAAAUAAGUUUCCAGUGCCAGAGGAUUGGAAUUACAAAGAUGCAAGGCAACUUUUUAUUGAACCAGAAGUUCAAGAUACGCAAGAGAUUGAUUUGAAAUGGAAUGAUCCAGAUGAAGAAGGCUUAGUUAAAUUUUUAUGUGGAGAUAAACAGUUUAACGAGGAAAGAGUAAGAAAUGGAGCAAAGAAAUUAUUGAAAGCUAGACAUGUUGGAACACAAGGAAGAAUAGAUUCAUUCUUUAAAGUUCUUCCUAAUUCUAAUCCAACACCAACAAAGAGGAAGGCUGAUGAAAAAAAGACACCAGCCAAAAAGGGAAAAACCACUGGAGGUACUAGAGGACGAAAACCAAAGUAGUCAAAAAACAAUUAUUAACUUUAUUUUCUUUAUUAUUAAUUGCAUGAAUUAUAAAAUUUAGUGGUUUAUACAAUUAUUUUUAGUGUGGCUUUUCUCAAAUGUUCAUACAAAAUAUUUGCAUAAAAUUUUGUACAUUUUUAAAUUAAUGAAUAAUUUUUAAAAAAUAUACUUAAAACUUGAACUAUAA